AUGUCAGGUUCCGUUCUUGAAGACGCUGAAGUAGGAAACUCCCUUGUCAUGAGAGAAGUGAUCAGAAAAAAUGAGGACGGCCAAUAUUUAGUUGUAACAAGCGUUUCCAAGGAGGAGGAGCCAAGGACUGUUACGUGCAGAGGAGAGAAGGUGCCGAUUAAGGUAGUCACAGUGGAGGAUGGCUCUGGGAAAGCGAAGGUCUCCCUUUGGAGGGAUAAUUCAACUACUGAGGCGAGGCCAGGUGACAAUGUCACCAUAACAGAUGUUGUUCUAAAUAUAUACAAUAAUACAACCACUUUGAAUACAACAGCAAAGUCUGAAGUUGUGCCCUGUGAAGCCCCUACAGAGAAAAGAUUAUGUCAUGUGGAAGCUAUUGGAUGUGAAGGUGGUGAAGCUGAACUUUUUCUGUGGGAUGGGAGUUCUGUCAAGGUGCCUGCUGAACUACUACAGCAGGCAUUGAGUCAGGAUGGAGAAAGUGUCGAUAUUGAGAUGGCAACCGUCAAAGGGCCAAUCAAGCUGUCCGUUACAUCAAAGGGGAGAGAAGUUACAUCCAUUACUAAGGAAUGACUGUGUGUUUAGUGCAUAGCUUUUAGCUCCUCCCACUAUUUAGAGAAUAGGGUGUUAUUCUAGUCACCUCGGAGUCUGCAUCAGCAUGAGCUCUCUUGUUUGAGGUUUUCCUGCAAUCUUUGUUGUUUUUUUUUUGUUGUUGGUUUUUUGUUAGUAUUGCUUAUGUCUAGAAUUAUGUAAAUUUUUCAGAAGCUUUGUUUAUAGACAUAUCUUUGUUACUUUAAAAGAUGAUGACUUGUUACAUACAUAUUUCUAUGUAUUCAUCAUCUGCAUGUGUGAUUACAAUCCCGAUAACUGUUAUUUUAUUUUUGACAGAACUAUGCCUCU